AUGGCGGCCGUUUCAGCACCCACUCCGAAGCUGGAUCGCUACAUUGUCAUCCACGUUGCAACCACCUGUGACGAACAUGGCGUCUAUGUCACCAAGGAUUCGGCUGAGGUGAUUGAAUUGGGAUGGAUUCUCUUGGACUCCAAGACUUGUGAGGAGUUGCACCGUGAAAGCGUCCUUGUCAAGCCGGUCAACACUCCUAUCACGCCGCUGUGCACGAGCUUGACUACCCUCACAUGGGAGCACGUCCGCUCCGCAGGUACUUUCCGUGAUGCCAUCUCCCGAUUCGAUGCCUUCGCCCAGGAACACCUCACUAGCAAGCAGCUUGAAUUUGCCUUUGUCACAUUGGAUUCGUGGGAUCUGCGCGUACAGCUGCCCCGCGAGGCUCGUGACAAGGCAGUCGUUCUGCCCGCAUAUCUGCAGCACUCCCGAACCUUCGACCUGCGCACCGAAUAUCAACGCUGGCAAACCCACCACCCCGAGUCGCUGCCCUUCGGUCCCAGCUCCCUUUCUAACAUCUGCGCCGCCCUCGAGGUCGAGCCCGUUCAGUCCUCGGCCCCCAUCAAGCACAACCUCCCCUUCCACUUGCAAGCAUUGGCCCCCGCUUCGCCGCGCCGCGCCAUGGAGGAGUCGAUUACUCUCGCUCGGGUACUCCGCGGUCUGAUCCGCAAGUCGCAGCCACCCCACGAGCACCCUGAGAUCCUGACUCGUCCAAUGGAUGCUCACGCCGAUGUUCGCGCCUUCCUUGCCGAGCGUAGCAAGGUCCUUCACCUCAGUGGCCUGCCCCACGACACCACUCAGUCGGAACUGGAGAGCUGGUUCACUCAAUUCGGUGGUCGGCCAAUUGCCUUUUGGACUCUUCGGACUCCGGACCAGCACAAGCCCACGGGCACCGGCUUCGCCGUGUUCUCGUCCCACGAGGAGGCUGCCGAGAGCCUGUGCAUGAAUGGCCGUGCCUUGAACGAGAAGGCUAUUGAAGUUUCACCUUCCUCCAGUCGGGUUCUGGACAGGGCUGCUGAGAUUUUGACUCCCUUCCCGCCGUCUAAGAACCGUCCUCGUCCGGGUGACUGGACCUGCCCCUCGUGCGGUUUCUCUAACUUCCAGCGCCGCACGGCUUGCUUCCGUUGCUCGUUCCCCGCCAUGGCGGCCACCCCCGACCCAAUGGGCUACGGCUACGGCUACGGCCCGCCCAACAUGAUGCCUCCUCACAUGGGCCACGGCCACGGCAUGGGCCACUCUCGUGGUAUGGGUGGCAAUGGUGGCGUGGUUCCUUUCCGCGCCGGUGAUUGGAAGUGUGGCUCCGAAGGAUGUGGUUAUCACAACUUCGCCAAGAACAUCAACUGCUUGCGCUGUGGUGCUCCUCGCUCGGGUGCUGCCGUGGUGGCCGACUCGGCUUUCCCCUCCCCAUGGACCCCCCAUCACAAUUCAACAUGGGUCCCAAUUCGAUGGCGAGCACUCCCGCACCCGGUCCGUUCGCCUCGACUGCCAGCGGCUUCGGUGGUUUCAGUGGCCAAUUUGGUGCUCCCCAGAACAAUUACGCCCUCCCUGCCGAUGGGUCAGGUAAACUCGGGAUAUGGAUCGUCGGCCACCUCUCACUCCGCUGCUUCCUUCGCCAACCCUGCCACCCAGGCGGCUUUCAGCGGUGCCGACCACGGCGUUCCCUCCACCAGUGCCUCCAAUGGUGCUUUCUACGGUAAUGAGGGUUCCAGCGACCCCUUCGCGUUCUUGUCGUCCGGUCUAGGCGGCCUGACCGUCUCUGAUGACGCUCAUUCUCGUCGUAACGGUGCCGGCGCCAACAAGUCGCCUGCUUAA